AUGAGUUUCCUAGCUGAACAAGGAGAGGAACAGGGGGAUCCGACGUUACCGAUAUAUUCGGCCACAGAUGAGGGAAGCUUGCGCCCUGGCAUCAACCGCGUCUCCGACGUCGACUCGCCCGUCUCGUAUGCACCAGCGAGCCCGCCCGCUUACAACACCUCCGAACGGCCAAAUGAGGAGCAUCGCCAUGGGCCAGAGCGCCAUCAGGCCCAAGCUGACACCGUUUGGUCAUUUUUCGACGCUAUACAGCGGGGUCUUGGUGACAAGGUUGAGCGCCUCAUCGCCACGGGCCUCGUUUCGCCCAACACGACGAGCAGAUCGGGGGAGACUCCCCUGCUGGCUGCGGUGCGCGUCCGCGACAGCAGCAUGGUUCGAAGGCUGCUUUCACGCGGCGCCACGGUCGACGAAUACGGCAAAAUAGCCAUCAACUGGGACACUCUGGAUAGAACGGCCCUGCAACUGGCGGCAGAGACAGGCAGCCUUGCCAUUGUCAAGAUAUUGAUGGAAGAAUUCCACGCCGACGACUCCUUGAUCGCCCCCGAUGGCGCCCUCGCCCUUCGACUGGCUGCCGCCAAUGGAUACCGCGAAAUCGUUGACUAUCUGCCAAAGAGACGUGGUGGCGCGUGGAAGAGAUGGCGCUUUGCGCAUCGGGAGGAAAUGGACCGCAUAAGGACCGCCCUCGACAAGAUUGGGACGUUUGUCGUGUUUUUUGUCUGGCAAGUCCCCAAGGGAGCCGCACAGGCUGCAGCCAAGGCGCUCAAAUCAGCGUGGAAGCGGCGGCGUGAGUUCGCCAACUGGGCCAAGUCGCAGGUCGAAAGGUUGCCUUCGAGGCUCGCUGCUGCUGGGGGAGGUAUAGCUAGGGGCGUGAGGAAAAUACCUCGCUUGGCCAAGUCUGUUGCCUUUGGCAUUUGGCGCUUGAUCCGAGCCGUGCCCUCGGGCGUCAGGAUAUGUGCCAACUGGGUUGGUGAUACCCUGGGCAAAGCUGGCCACUGGGUCGUCCAUGUUGUCAAGAGGACGGCUUCGUUCUUCCACACUGUGGUUGCAGCAGUGCUCUCUUGGUUCAGGCAAAUGACUCCCAGAGAUGUGUGGAACGGCUUCUGCUCCGUUUUGCAAGCUGUCUUUGUCGGGUUUCCAACUCUUCUGUGGUCAUUUGUCAAAUCAUUCGGCGACGUCAUGUACGGCUUUAUGGGGGCCGUUUUCGGCCUUCUGGGGCUGUGUCUUUGGGGUUGCGUCGCAGGUAUAGUUUCGCUGCUAUGUUAUAUUCCAUGCAAGAUUUGGCAAUGCAUUGAGGCGGUUGGGCGAAUGAUAGCAAAGACAGUUGAGGAAAUACUGGUGUACUUUGACCCCAAGAGGAUGUCGGCUGCAUAG